AUGCACACAGUCAUAUCAACACAGAAGACUGACACCAUACACAUUAAUACAAGAUUCUAUGAACUCGCCUGCCGUUUUUCAGCCAAUUUCGAGCAACUACAUAACAAGUUUGAUGCCUUAGGAUCACGAAUUCAGGUGCUUACAGAUAACUCGGCUUCAACCUCCAAAAGUCCUAAGGAGUCUGCACACGCGAUAGCACUACGGAGUGGACGACAAUUACCACCUCGGACGGCACCGCCGAACAUUACUGAGGACAAGCAAUCCGACCCAGCACCCGACCACAACACUCGGAUAGAUGAUCGGGUUGACACUUCGGGCACUCCACCUCCUGCAGACAAACUAGGAGGAGAGAAACAGAAGGAAAGAAGAUUCAUCCCUCCACCUUACAAGCCACCUUUACCAUUCCCUAGACGAUUUCGCAAGGAACUUCUUGAGAAGUACAAGGUAUUAUUCGAGAAACAGAUGCAAGAACUCGAACUUUACAUGCCUCUAAUGGACGCUUUCACCCUGAUACCUCCUUACCAGAAAUUCUUGAAGGAUGCAAUGAUGCCUCUAAUGGACGCUUUCACCCUGAUCAAACAAGUGCAAGGGAUGGUCAUACUCAAUCAUGAGUGCAGUGCCAUAAUCCAGAGGACGGCUGCACCUAAGAAAUUGAGCGAUCCGGGGUCGUUUACUUUACCUUGCUCAAUUGGACCCUUGACGUUCGGAAGAUGUCUUUGCGAUUUGGGGGCAUCAGUCAGCCUAAUGCCUUUAACUGUAGCCAAACGUCUUGGAUUCGAGAAAUUCAAGCCAACCAACAUCCAACUGGUCCUAGCAGAUCGAACUACAAGGUUGCCAAGCGGAGUGUUGGAAGACUUGCGUGUCAAGGUAGGGUCAGUAGACGUACCAACCGACUUUGUAGUUUUGGAAAUGGAUGUGGAGCCAAGGGAUCCGCUCAUCUUAGGACGACCAUUUUUAGCCAUCGCGGGGGCAAUGAUAGAUGUGAGGAACUGGAAGAUCGAUCUGAAGCUCGGAGAAGACCUCACUAUGCAGUUUGACAUUCGAGAAACUAUGAAAAAACCCACAAUAGUAGGGCAAACCUUCUGUAGGCAUUUGAGGAGAUUGCAAUCGGGGAUGGCCUACAAACAGAGCUGA